AUGGCAAACGACCGUGAGCGCAGCCGAAGCAGGUCUGGAAAGGUCUGGUGGGUUGCCGUAACCAUGGUGCCAGAAGACGAACCCAUCAAGGUUUUCGCUGACGACUUUGAGGAUGAAGCAGAUGUUUACGACUUCCUAAAAGAAGUGCAGAAGCAUGUUCCCCAUGUCUCAGUCGCUAAGAUGAAGCUGUUUUCGAGCAAGUUCGCCAGCGAUGGUCAUGAAGCACACUUCCGCAACAACAUGAAGCUGACGGAGAUUCCAAAGAUGGCGGGUUCAUACACAGAGCCGCUUUUCAUCACAUAUAUCAGAGAACAAGUUGCAGAACAAGCAAAUGAGAUGUUCCAUCUGGCUGCUACGCUGAAAGGGUGGGGCAACGUUUUCGGAGCACGCCGUGCGCUGUUCACCUUGGCAGCAGAGUGCGCUGCAUAUGGUCAAAUUGGCAAGUGCAUCAAGCAUAUCCCUGUGCUCGGGCAGACUGACAGCAUUUGCUUGGACAUAUGGUUUCGCUCUGAAGAGUCCCGUGCAAGGUUGAUAGGUGCUGUGUUUAAGCAUCCUGCCGCCACUGACGAGUCCAUCCAGUUGACGCUGAAGAAGCUCAAGCGACCCGAAGGCAUCGAGGCAAUACUGCCGAAUCACUAUGAGCGGGACGUCGGCAGUCCUGAACAACAUGCUAGCACCGGAGCUGGGUCGACUGCACCAGCAGCUACAAAGGCAGCUCAGCUGCGUGCAAAACUACAUCUGCAGCGAUUGGACAAGGUAGAGGACAAGAUUUAUCACAACAUGCACAUCAUCCCAGAAGCACUGUUAGAUGAUGGACGGAAGCUAGUAUGUGAAUGGUUGUUCUUGAGUGCCAGUCCUAUUUUUCACACGUACUUUGAUGGUCCAGACACUGCUCCGCACAUCCAAGUGAGGGUUAUGAAGAGAUCUCCAUCAUGUGAUGGUCUCGUGGACUUCACCAUGGUGGUGAACACUCACAUGGUCGGGGCAGACACUUUCAUCUCGAAGCCUGCCAAUUCCUCUGACCUCCCAAAACCAGCCAUUGGCUACCAAACCCUCGUAAAAGUUCCUGAAGCGCAGGCAGAUCAUUUCGAGCGCGCCGUCAAGUGGCGCUGCGCUUGUGUUGAAGCUGCAUGGGCAAGGAAGAGCCAAGGACAUCCGGUUAGCAUCACUGGAGAUCAUGUGUGGUGGCAGCUCUUGGAGCUUCCCGCCGAGCUGCAAGUGGCCGUAGGUGAAGCCAAAAAGGCUGCGGGCAUCGGUGCAGAAGUUGACACCGCCAUUGCAGCAGCAGUCGACUAA